GGUGGUUGCCGAGGCGACGCCAGGAAACAUGGCUGCUACGUCUUCGUCGGAUUCCGACAGCGCGAGAGCUGAGAGCAACGAAGCCAAUUCGAAAUGGCUGGACGCUCACUACGACCCCAUGGCCAACAUCCACACUUUCUCCUCCUGCCUGGCUCUGGCAGAUUUGCAUGGCGAUGGGGAGUACAAGCUGGUGGUGGGAGACCUUGGCCCAGGUGGGCAGCAGCCCCGUCUGAAGGUGCUCAAAGGACCAGCCGUGCUGACAGAAAGCCCACUGCCUGCCCUGCCGGCCUCUGCUGCCACCUUCCUCAUGGAACAACAUGAACCCAGGACGCCGGCCCUAGCGCUGGCUUCAGGACCUUGUGUCUAUGUGUAUAAGAAUCUCAGACCCUACUUCAAGUUCAGCCUGCCCCAGUUACCUCCAAACCCUUUGGAACAAGAUCUUUGGAACCAAGCCAAAGAGGACCGGAUCGACCCCUUAACCCUGAAGGAGAUGCUGGAGGGCAUCCGGGAAAAGGCAGAGGUGCCCUUGUCUGUCCAGUCACUCAGGUUUCUACAGCUGGAGCUGAGUGAGAUGGAGGCGUUUGUGAACCAGCACAAAUCCAAGGUUAUCAAGCGGCAGGUAAUGGCCUUCUCUUUUUGUUGCCCUAUAAAGGUGCAUACAUUAUUUUUUGCAGUUAACAGGGAUGGCUAUGAACAGCUCGCCUCACCAAUUUUGACCAAGAUGAGCCUGCCCAGUGUCCCAGUCUUCCUGGAGGUUUCUGGCCAGUUUGAUGUGGAGUUCCGGCUGACUGCUGCCUGCCGAAAUGGGAGCAUCUAUAUCCUGAGAAGAGACUCCAAACACCCCAAGUAUUGCAUCGAGUUGAGUGCCCAGCCUGUGGGGCUGGUCCGGGUACACAAGACCCUGGUGGUGGGCAGCACCCAGGAGAGUCUGCAUGGCUUCACCCACAAGGGUAAGAAGCUGUGGACAGUGCAGAUGCCUGCAGCCAUCCUGACCAUGAACCUCCUGGAGCAGCGGUCCCGGGGCCUGCAGGCUGUCAUGGCUGCCCUGGCCAAUGGGGAAGUCCGCAUUUACCGUGACAAGGCCCUGCUUAAUGUCAUCCACGCCCCCGAUGCAGUAACCAGCCUUUGCUUUGGCCGGUACGGGCGAGAGGACAACACCCUCAUCAUGACUACUCGAGGUGGUGGCCUUGUCAUCAAGAUCCUGAAGCGUACAGCGGUGUUUGGGGAAGGCACAGGUGAGAUAGGGCCACCACUGGCACAGACCACAAAACUCAAUGUGCCCCGGAAGACCCGGCUCUAUGUGGACCAGACCCUGCGGGAGCGGGAAGCUGGCACGGCCAUGCACCGAACCUUCCAGACAGACCUCUACCUACUGCGCCUGCGGGCUGCCAGGGCCUAUGUACAGGCCCUGGAGUCCAGCCUGAGCCCCAUGUCAACCACAGCUCGGGAGCCACUCAAGCUGCAUGCUGUGGUUCAAGGCCUGGGCCCCACCUUUAAGCUCACACUUCACCUACAGAAUACCUCAACAGCUCGGCCAGUACUGGGGCUGCAGAUCUGCUUCCUGUACAACGAGGCACUCUAUGCCCUGCCCCGGGCCUUCUUCAAGGUCCCUUUGCUGGUGCCAGGACUCAGCUACCCACUGGAGACCUUUGUGGAGAGUCUCAGUAGCAAGGGCAUCUCAGACAUGAUCAAGGUGCUGGUGCUCCGGGAAGGCCAGAGUGCGCCCCUGUUGAGUGCCCACAUCAACAUGCCUGUGAGUGAGGGGCUGGCAGCUGCCUGAGCCCUGGGCCAGCAUUCAAGCCUCCACAGAAUGGAGUCAGCCAGAUCCAGCAACUUCCAGUGUCCCCAGGCCACACCCCUACACACCAGUCCCUGCUCUCCACCUUUGCCACUGGGCCUGAGCCACAAGACAGGGAGUGCUCAGAAUCAGCUCCUCAUCCCUCAGACUCCUCCUGAGCACUGUCCCACAAUUCCUGCUGCCUACCACCCUCCCCAGCUCUUUAAAGAAUCUUGCCGGGUUCCAGGAAGAGCUCUGAGGUGAUCGAGUGAGCAGAGGCCCAGACCUUCCUCCCUCCCACUCAUCUGUUUCAGAUCAAGGCCACAGUUGUUCAAGGGCUUGGCCUGGGAAUUCAGCUGAGACUGAACCCCUGCGGCCCUUUAAGGUUUUAGGGGUGCUUCUGCCAGCUUAGCUUACAGGCGCAUGUGCUAUUCCUCAGAUGAAUGAGGGGCUCCACCUUCUGCCUUGCAGCCCAGGAGACACAGGGCUCUGUCCUCAAGUCUCAGACUAGCCACAAAGAUUGCCAGAGGAGGUGGUGCAGGGGAUAGAGAGGUCCAUGUGAGGAGCUCGAGGUCCCAGCCCCAGCCAGAGCUUCUACAUAGCACCUGCUGCUGACCAGAAUGCUCAUGUCCAGAGACAUUGUUCCUGAAAUCAAAUACCAAGCUAGAUAGCAGAGCUGGGGCUGGUGGCACCAGGAGGAGUAUUUCUGGGACCUAGGAAGUGGUCCAAGAGGCAGAUGCCUACAAGUACCUAUCAGGAUGCACUUAGGCCCAGGCCCAAGAUGGUCCAGAAGUUGGGAUGUUUUCUGUGCAGUGGCCAGAGUAUGCAUGAGGCCACUGAAAAGUACACAUGAGUGGUACGGAGUGAGGCUGAAGACAACAUGUAGAUGUGUCUAGAUCCCAAGUGGCAGCCAAACCUGGCCCUCCUCAAGGACCAUUCUGAACCACUUGAGAACCAGGAACCCUGCUCCAUGGGAACCAGCGUUUUCUCCUUUCUGACCAGGUUCAGCCUGGUGUGUGGCACACAGCUCAGGGCUGCCUCCUGCUUCCACCUCCUCUCCAGUAGAAAAAAGAAUUUGACUGGAUUAAUUCCAAACUGUUUUCAGCUCUCAACACCAUCAGAGCUUGGCUGCUCCUCAGGAGGAAGGGAAGAAUUGGCCCAAAUAGGUGAUAUUCACAAGCUUUUGCCCACAAGACCAAUGGCUCCAAGCUGGCCACCACUGCCCAGUAACAGCUUCUGAGCCCACUUGGGGACUAGGGUAACACUGCCCACCUUGACCCUUCCAAAGAGUACAUUGGGGGCCAGGCUAAGAGACAAUGGGCCUAGACCAAAGAAACAGCCCAUCCCCUCACAGACAGACUGCCUGAGCAUGGAUGGCAGAGGGUGUCCAGCUGCAUCAGCCAGUGGGGACCCAGCUGGAACGAGCAGGAAGUCUAAUGGAGAUGGAGAGAUGAGAGGGGAUGGGAUGUUGCUGUCAGUCAGAACCCAGCCUAACCUGCAGAAUUAGCAGGUCUGCUCAGGAAGGGGAUAGGCCCCUUGUCACGGGUAUUAUGUUAUGAUAAGGCUACAUUGUGUAUUUGGUCAAAAAACAUUCCAGUCCCUUUCACCCCAGUCAAGCUGUGAAAUCAGAACAAAAAUAUUUGAUGUGCACUCUCUCCAUAGCUCUUCAAAGCUGAGAAUUAACUAACCAUUUUGAACUUUUAGAUGUUUUCAUGGAAUUGGUACCUGCUUCCCCCCCACCCUCAGGAUACCUCCCUCAUACCUUGCUUCUGUGUAGACUCCUAUAAGAGAGUUCCCUUAUAGGAACUCCCUUUUCCCUUAUCCAGGGAAGACCCCAUCUUCCUUCUUACUCUGCCCUCAUUUGGUAAAGCAUAUGCAUGGGGAACUUCUUUUUAAGACCCAUUCUAGUCUUUAUAAUGUUGCUUGUCUGGACAUUGCUGUAUUCAGCUCACACAUGUAAUAGUUUGGGUGGUAAACGGAAGCUGGAAAUGCUUUUCCUAUAGACAAAGCUCCCGUAUCCUCCGGCUUCUGCGCUGUUUCUACUCAUUGCUUUGUGAGGUGGGGACAGAUGAGCAUUCCAUCCCAGGGCUGUACUGUUCUCUCUGGAGCUCCAGCUAAGCCCACCUUCUGAUAAAGGGGUCAUCCCUCAGAGGACUAGAUUGAUCCUGAUUUUCUUCUCCCUUCUUUCAUGGUCAUUGUUUGCUUCUUUUUUU